CCGCAGAGGCGGCGGCGCGGAGCAGAGCGAAGCGCGUGGGAGUGGGUGAGCGGCACCGGCAGCUCCCCGCGGAUGCACUAUGACUCUGGAGGAGCUGCCUGGGGACCACCGCACCGCCGGCAGGAUGGAGCAGGCGGGGGACGCGCUGGAGGAGGUGCUGAGCAAGGCGCUGAGCCAGCGGAGCCUCACCCUCGGUGUCUACGAGGCCGCCAAGCUGCUCAACGUGGACCCGGACAACGUGGUGCUGUGCCUGCUGGCGGCCGAUGAGGAGGAGGCGGGGGACGCGGCCCUGCAGAUCCACUUCACGUUGAUCCAGGCUUUCUGCUGCGAGAACGACAUCAACAUCCUCCGCGUCAGCAACCCGGCGCGGCUGGCCCAGCUCCUGCUGCCCGCCGCCGGCCCCGAGCCUCCCGCAGACCUCCACUGCGUCCUGGUCACGGUGAGCCGGGGAUGCACCGCCCGGCACCCCCGGGGCUCAGCGCGCUGCGGCCCGGUGUUCGUACGAGCGGCCGAGGAGCCGGGUCGUAGCCCUUUGGCCCCCGCCGGCCCCGGGGUGCUGCGGACGGGCGGCCCGGUGCUGGGCAGUGCAGGCAGCUCCUCCUUAGGUGCCGGUGGCUCGGAGGCGUAACUCGUCCUUCCAGUAGGCCGUGAGGAACGUGCAGAGCGCGUCUUCUGUCCGGCGAAGCCUGGGGUCGAGCGCGGUUUCGGUGUCGUUUGGGAAGAGCGGAGCUGACCGCGCCUGGGGCACGGCGGCGGCUGCGGCCCUCGCUCGGGGCUCGGACCCGUGUCCGGCGAGUGGGCCAGAAUGGGGAGAGGGUCCCACAGGAGCUGCAGGGGCCCAAAGGAAACUUUUAAUUUUUUUUUUGUAAUUUUUUUUUAAUUUUUUUUUUUUUCCCCCCCCUCUGCCCUGGGGUCCAAGGCCGUGAAACUCCUCGCGUGGUUCUGGGGUUGGUUUGUUUGUUUGCCAUAGGAGCGUGAAUCAUCUUCAAUUGCCACUGGGUUUUCUGCUGUGCUUUUUUUUUUUUUUCCCUCUUGUUCUUUCUGCGUGGGUUGGUUUUGUUUCUCUGCUAAAGCACUCUCCCCCCCCCUCUCUCUUUCCAGAACCCCCAUGCCUCGCAGUGGAAGGAUCCAGCGCUGAGUCAGCUGAUGUGCUUCUGCCGGGAGAGUCGCUACAUGGAUCAGUGGGUGCCAGUGAUUAACCUCCCCGAGCGGUGACCGCGCCGGGCCGCGAACGAACUGAACCGAAUUGCACUGAAGUUUUGCAAUACUUUUAGCAGUUGCUCAGGAAGUAACUCCCUGCCCUGGCACGAGGAUUACAGGGGAGGGGGGGGGAGGAAAAAAAAAAAAACCCAAACAAAAACAACAACAACAACAAAAAAACAAACAAAAAAAAUACAAAACUGAUGUCAAGGGGGGGUUAGGCUGAAGUUGAACUACGUCUUGUUGACUCCGAAGCGAUGGGGACGAGCGUGGAAGCGAAGCGGGAUGAGCAGCGCCUGCCUCGCCGGAGGAACGAGCCCUGCCUGAUGCGCGGGGGUGCCGCACGGCCCGGUUACUCACCGAAAACGCCCAACACCCUUCCCGGUUUUUUAAAGUGCAACUUGGAGUUUCUGGUUUAGAUAUCUUAAAGAGCAAACAAGGUUAAUCGAAGCAUUUUACAAACAAUUUUAUCGUAUUUUUGGGAUGUUAAUUCUCAAGUUUUUAUGCUAAGAUAUAUAGUAAGUUAUUUUAUGAUAUUGAUGAAAAAAAUUAUUUAUACUUGGAGGUUUGAGAACCAGAAUGCCCUUAAGCAGUUGGUCUGCAACCACACAUCUUUUAACAGUUGGCUGUUAGAAGCAGCUACGUUAAUAUAAUUGUUUGAAAUUGGGUAGUGUUUUGUUUUUCGGGUUUUUGGUUUUGUGUCGUGUUGUGGGGGUUUUUUUCUUCUUUUCUUUUUUUUUUUUUUUGAAAUAAAGUUUAAACUCCAA